GACAGUCACUAUUCACAGUCCGUGACCUGCGUUUGUGUACUUUGUUCGUUCGAAAUUUGAACAUGGAACGGAGCUAGGUUUUUUUUUCUGUGAUUAUUAUUGUAAAUAUUUUCGGAGCAAUUUAAACUUUAUUGUUAUAAGAAUUAAAGUCUUAUUUAAUAUUGGUGUAUUAGUUUGUGUAUUUGUUUUUUUUUAAAGUAAACGCAGUGGGAGUUAUCCUAACUCCCUACUAGAUGGAGCGAUGACCUUAAAUGUACGGUAUUCUAUGGGAGAGGCCUAUGUUCAGCAGUGGACAGUCACUGGCUGAUAUAAUGAUGCAUGUCUGGUUACAUAUACUUCCGAAUACUCGGCUACGUGGUGACAAUCACUCUACAGGUUGGAAAUUGGAUCGUAAUGACCCAACCGAUAUCACAAGACGUAAUGGCGGACUCUAAAGUCAGAGGCUUCGUCGAUAUGCGAAGCCGUUUCUUAACGCAUUGGACAGUGUUUGUACAAAUAUUUUAUGCACUCACCGGCCUGUCGUGCGAUGUAUUGACAUUGUUAAACUCGAAGAGGAACUAUGAGCCGCCGAGAUUUCUCAAAGGAUUCCGGGACACCUUUUUCGCUGCUAUAGUUUGGCCCUCUACUUUGCUGGUCUUUACAUUCUUCUGGACGUUAUACGUGUUGGACAGAAAAUUAAUUUAUCCACCGUUUUUGGACAAAAUUCUAGCACCGGCGUCAAACCACAUAAUGCAUACAGCUAUAGUACCGUCAGCUCUAUGGGAGUUAUAUUUCCAGCCGAGAUCUGUUCCCAAAUCACAUAAGAAGAAUUUAAUACAUAUGAUAUUAUAUUAUGCAUUGUAUUUGAGUGUGUUUAUCUACACGUACGUGGAAAAAGGAAAAUGGGUGUAUCCGAUUUUCCAAAAGAUAUACGGCACCAUAUAUUUCUAUGUUGUUCUGGUUUUCGUCUCAGUAUUGUGCUUGUUAUAUUAUUAUUUACAAUGGCCUCUAACGAGCAAAGCUUGGGCGUCAUUGGAGAAACAGAAAACAAAAAGGAAAAUACGAUAAGUAGAAAAGACUGGUUUUGGUACAAGGAUUAUGUAAAGUUAAUUUUAUUUUAGUACAAUAAGUGUAGACGAUAGGGGUAACAUUUGAUUUUUACUUGAAUAGUAGACUGAUACUUACAAUAACCUGUUUCUUAUAUGAUACUUAAUGAAAAAAUAAACAAACGAAUACUUUGCCCGAUUAAAAAUUGUAAAAUACAUUUAAUUGUAUUUAGUGUGAGUUUUUAUAAUAAUGAGGUCGAUACUGAAGCGCCAUUUUCUUAAACAUUUCUAAGAUUUAAAUUUUAUAUUUGAUAUUACAGCCACAUCUUUAUUGUAAGGAUCAAUAUUAACUUUUUUCUUUUUUUUUUUGAACUAUUUUUAUAAUUUUAGUUUAUUUGACUGUAAAUUUGUAACUUCAAAUUUAAAUAUUAAGUUAAGAAAUGGGUUUAAAAAAGUGGCGAUUCAGAAUAAGCCUCAAUUUUGACAAAACUUGUUUAGUUUUUCAUUAAGUAUUACUAAAACGGUUUAUAAGUACUUAACUAUGGCCAGUGAUAUAUUCGUGUAAAAAAAAAAGAUUGACAACUAAUAACAUAAAAAAAAAAUAGAAUGCAUUUAUGCAAAUCAUUCAUAAACUUUUAUUUGUAACUAGCCAGUGCCACAAAAAAAGAAAAAAAAAAAAAACUAGCCAGUGACAUUAAUUAUUCAAACAUACUGACUCUCUAGUGAGAGUUGCACACAGACUUACGUUACGAGUGCGUUAGUGUUCAUAUCAUAUAAUACUUUUACUUCGUACCAUAAUUUUGAUAUUGAAAACUAAGCAGCGCCUCUAGCGGGUGGUAUCGUAAACUCAGAUUUCGACACGAAUUUCGCGACAUAAAUGACGUAAAUCUUUGUACAACUCACACUAGCUGCUUAGAAAUGACAAAAAAAAAAAAUAACAUAAUACAAGUAUUUGGCUCUUCACUUCUUAUUUUUUUUUUUUUUGUUUUAAUAUUGAAAUUUUUGUGAGUUGCGAAUUUUGUAAUGUACAUCUAGUUUUUUUUUUUUUUUAAUAUUAAUCAACGAUUACUGCAUUUUAUUUAUUGUUUUUAGUGUACAAUUUGUCCUUUAUAAUACUUAUUAAGUGUUUUACAUCAAAUACAAUCAUAUUAAUGUAACCAGAUUUCACCAAAGUUUUUUUUUUUAAUUGUAGUUAUGUAUCAAAGAUUCCAGACAAAUUAUCUUUUUGAAGACUAGGCAGCAUGGUCUCCGACCUUAGCCUGUUCCAAACGGAACAAACGUACUAAAAAAAAAAAAUUAUGUAUCAAAGAUGGAUACGGGUAUCUUUUUACACGGUUAUAAUAAUAUUUAUUUUUAAUAAAUAAAUUAUUUUAUUGUA